UCCUGAUCAAGGACACUUGCUGAUUCCAGGACCAAGAUUACAAUCUUUAACACUCGGUAGUAAGAUCUUCCAAAAUAUGUCCGCCGUAUCAUCCACUCGCACGGCGUUCGGCCGAGUAGCCACCCGGUCGAGAGCUACCCCCAACCUCGCCCCCGCCUGUUCGAGGUGCAACUCGACCUCGUCCAAACCCAACCCUUACAACCCUCUCAACUCCUCAACACCACCUCCUUCAUCUCCCAGCAGUACAAAUGGUGAUGGCCCGACGACGCAUUUCGGGUUCAAGACCGUGCCCCAAUCGGUCAAGGAAUCGCUCGUCGGGCACGUCUUCACCUCGGUCUCCCCCAAGUACGACUUGAUGAACGAUUCCAUGUCCCUAGGGAUCCACCGGUUAUGGAAAGAAUCUUUCGUCAACGCCAUGGUCCCUCGCCUUUCCCCCUCUGUGCAUUCGAACGUGAAUCAAUCUAUUCCCGGCUCGAUCUCCGGGUGGGAGAACUGGACCCCGACGUUGAAGUGUUUGGACGUAGCAGGCGGGACGGGGGAUAUCGCUCUCAAGAUCUUGGACAAGGCCAGGGAGAAGUACGGGAACAGGGAUGUCGAGGUGGAGAUUGUCGAUCUGAACGAGGGGAUGUUGCACGAGGGUCAGAAACGUGUGGCCAAGACCGUCUACUACAACACACCUCAAAUCUCCUUUACCCACGGCAAUGCCCAAUCCCUCCCCAAACAUAUCCAAGACAACUCGAUCGAUAUCUACACCAUCGCCUUUGGGAUCCGUAACUGUACCUCACUCGAGGCUGUUCUCAAAGAAGCUCACCGGGUACUGAAACCCGGUGGUCGAUUGGGAGUCUUGGAGUUCGGCAAGGUCCAGAACCCCUUGUUCAAAGAGGUGUACAAACAGUACUCCUUCAACUUUAUCCCCCUGAUGGGUCAACUCCUCGCCGGUGAUCGGGACAGCUACCAGUACCUGAUCGAAUCCAUCGAACGUUUCCCCACGCAGGUCGAGUUUGCCCGACUCGUACAGGAAGCCGGGUUCCAGACGGGUGAACUUAGGGAAGGAAAGGGUGGCGCGUGGACGGAUUACACGAACGGGAUCUGUACUUUCUGGCGGGGCGUCAAGGCUUGAUGCGCCAGCUUGUAUAUCAUAUGAGAUGUUGUUGGGGAAC